AUGCACUUCUCACGGCCAAUCCUCGAUCGCGCGAGCGUCCUCGCUCUAGGGCUUGCUGCCACGGGCUCCCUGGUCGCUGCUGGGCCUUGUGAUAUCUACUCGUCUGGCGGCACGCCCUGCGUCGCUGCGCACAGCACCACUCGGGCCCUGUACAGUGCCUUCAGCGGCUCUCUCUACCAGGUGCAACGUGGCUCCGACAGUGCCACGACCAACAUCGCGCCACUGUCCGCCGGUGGUGUCGCCAAUGCCGCAGCCCAGGACUCCUUCUGCGCCGGCACGACCUGCCUGAUUUCGAUCAUUUACGACCAGUCCGGCCGUGGGAACCAUCUCACUCGGGCUCCGCCCGGCGGCUUCCAAGGCCCGGAAGCCAAUGGCUAUGACAACUUGGCCAGCGCGAUUGGCGCUCCGGUCACGCUGAACGGUCAGAAGGCAUACGGUGUCUUUAUCUCGCCCGGAACUGGAUACCGCAACAACGCCGUCAGCGGCACUGCCACAGGCGACGCGUCCGAGGGUAUGUACGCGGUCCUCGACGGGACUCACUACAACAGUGGCUGCUGCUUCGACUACGGAAACGCAGAGACCAGCAGCACUGACACGGGCAAUGGUCACAUGGAGGCCAUCUACUAUGGCACCUGCACCAUCUGGGGCACUGGCGCCGGAAGCGGGCCUUGGCUCAUGGCCGAUCUUGAGAACGGCCUUUUCUCUGGCCUCAGCGCUGGCCAAAACACUGCCGACCCGACCAUCACCAAUCGGUUCUUCACUGCGGUCACCAAGGGGCAGUCAGCCAAUUGGGCGCUCCGCGGUGGCAACGCUGCGUCCGGCUCGCUGUCGACGUACUACAACGGCGCGCGCCCGUCCGGCUACAACCCAAUGAAGAAGGAGGGCGCCAUCAUUCUUGGCAUUGGCGGCGACAACAGCAUCAGCGCCCAGGGCACGUUCUACGAGGGUGUGAUGACGUCCGGUUUCCCGUCCGAUGCUACCGAGAACUCAGUGCAGGCCAACAUCGUAGCCGCCAAGUACGCUACUACGUCGUUGAACGCCGGCCCAGCAUUCACUGUUGGCAACUCGGUCUCGUUGCAGGCCACCACGCCCGGCUACACAGACCGCUACCUCGCACACACCGGCGCCACGGUCAACACUCAGGUCGUCUCGUCAUCCAGCGCCACGGCGCUCAAGCAGCAGGCCAGCUGGACGGUCCGCGCCGGGCUGGGCAACAGUGCUUGCUACUCAUUCGAGUCCAAGGACACGGCGGGCAGCUACAUUCGGCACUACAACUUCGAGCUGCAGGUCGCCGCCAGCGACGGCACCAAGCAGUUCAAGGAGGACGCCACGUUCUGCACGCAGGCCGGCCUCAACGGCUCGGGAAGCUCGAUUCGGGCCUGGGGCUAUCCCACGCGCUACAUCCGCCACUACAGCAACGUUGGCUACGUGGCGAGCAACGGCGGCGUUCACACUUUCGAUGCCGCUUCUUCGUUCAACAACGAUGUGAGCUUCCUGGUCAACACCGGCUUUGCUUAA